UCAGAAUUUUCUCAUCAUCUGGCGCUAUUGUCACGCAUGGAGACUCGGUCUGCAGAUAUUACUAACAUGGAUGAUAGUGACAUAGAAAUUGUUACAGCAAAAAUUCUCUCCACUUGGGAUUGGAAAGCACAAGAAAGGGAAUUUGGAAGCAGUCAAUCCACCUCACCCGAGUCAUCAUUUGACUCGAUGUGCUCCUCACCAGGUACUUUUUCCUACGACAAAUCAGGACGCAACCCGACCCUGUGCACUUCGCAGAAGCUGACCAAACCAAAAAUGUCGACUAAGAGGCGAAUGAAGGCGAGCGAGAGGGAGAAAAUGCGAAUGAGGAGUCUAGCAGAGGCUUUACACCAACUCCGCGACUACCUGCCUCCGGAUUACAGUAAAAGAGGCCAGCCGCUGACCAAAAUCCAAACUCUUAAAUUUACCAUUGAAUACAUCAAAGAACUUUCAAACAUUCUGAACUGUGCGCAAUGA